UUAGAUGUGUUGAUCUGUGUGUCCAGGAUGGACGGGUGGAGUUACAGGUGCAGCAGUACCAAGAGGCCCAGCAGCGGAGCUACGAGGAGCAGAGGGUCCUCGCUCUGGAGGACAGGAAGUCAGCAUUGCUCCGAGCUAUGAUGUCAUCACCCACAGAGUCUGGAGAAGAGUCCCUGCGGUGCCGCCUGGAGGCCUUGGAGACCAGCUUCUCCUUUCCACGUUCAGCGAUGGCGGUGCAGCUCAGCACGGCGAGGGCGGGGCUUUCGUACUGCGCCGACGCCGGGGACUUCCUGCGCGCCAACCGGCCAAUCAGAGUGCAGGACGAGCCGCGUCGCGCCGCCAGGUACAAGGUGUUCAAAGACUUGAGGGGGCGGGGCUUCUACGUGACCUCUGCGGGGAAGUUCGGGGGAGACUUCCUGGUUUAUCCCGGGGACCCGCUCCGUCUCCACGCCCACUUCAUAGCCGUGUGUGUGUCUCUGGACGAGCCUCUGUCUCUGCUGGACCUCCUCUCUGUGUCCCGUCUGGGUUCCAACGUGAAGAAGACGGUGCUGCUGUGCUCGCCGGGGACGGACGGCGGCGUAUCGUACACCUCGCUGCAGUGGAGCGGCAUGGCGUAGAGCCUGGAUCCUCCAGGGGCCCCCGGACCCCGGGUUAGGGUUGGGGGUCCCAGGUUAGGGCUGGGGACC